GCAAUACCUCCACUUUUCCUCUUUUCCUCUUCUGCUAUUAUAGUUCUUCGAGCCCCCCGCCCCCGAGCAGUGAUAAUUUCCCUUCAAUUCUGACUCGGAACUUUGGUCUUCGCUCCAACAUUGCGGUGGCUUCCAGCUAACAUCUCCCACCCUCUUGACCUCAAACUACACACACCACCACAAACCACACUCCCGAAACGACCAUUGGGAGACCGACCACCCCACGAUGGCCACCAAUUUUCCCAGCAUAGAUCCCCUUCUCGCCCUCCGCCAAGCCCUCCUCUCCAACCACCCCCCACGACCGACAACGUCCUCCUCCCCGACCGACCCACCCACCGAACCCGACCUCGAUCUCGCCAAAGCCACCCACCUGUACUUCACGCACCUCCCGAGCAACCCCCAGACCAUCGCCCUCAACACCCCGACGCGCUUUGUCUCCAGCACGACAGGCGAGGCCGUCGACCUGCGCAGCAUCUUCUUCGCGUGGCUGAAGAAAGAUGUUGCGAUCCCGGAGUACAUCGCCGAAGCGGAGGGGCUGAACCAGGCCCUCAAGGAGAAGCGGAACGAUGACCCCGCGCAGCCCGAGGAGAAGGUCCAGAAUCUGGUGUUCGUCGAGCGACUGGAUCUGCUGACGUGGCUGGAGGGCGCAUCCGAGGACAGUGAGUACAUCAAGCCUCUGGAAGGCGAGGCCGCGGCGAAGGCGGCCGCGGCCGCCGCGACGGCUGCUGCUGCUGCUGCCGCAGCCGCAGCCGCAGCGGGGGCGUCCCAGCACGGCAGUCGGGCGGCUAAGGUGAUUGAUCCAAGAUUACAGGAGAUUUACAAUGGGGAGAGGAAGAUGGGGGACCGGAAUAGUGUGUUGAGGGGGAUUAAGCCGACGGACUUUUCGCAUGUACGCAAAACCGCAGAAACCAUCCUGGGUCGGAAUCGGUCGUCACGAACGGGGCAAUAUCCCGCGGGUGUCACCAAGCCGGGCAGCAAGCCGACCUCCUCCUCCUCCUCCUCGAUGGUGCCGGUGCCCGCGCCGUCCGCCGGCCUCUCGCAACCCCGAAGCAGCAAGAGCAGCUCCAAGACGCAGGAUCCGAUCAUCCUGUUGUCGCCGUCUGCAUCGUCGCUUAUCCGCAUGUCCAAUGUGCGCUCAUUCCUCGAGGAGGGUGUCUUCAUCCCGCCCGACCACCCCACGUUGGCCACGGGGACGAACAGCAACAUCCUCUACAUCAAUCGACCCCUUCGCAUCCAAGAAAACUCCUCCAGUACCUCUCUCCUUCGCUCCGGGUCCAGCGCGUCCUCCUCCGGCUCUCGCAAGCCUACGCGUUUCAUCCUGGUGGACAGCACCGCCAACUUCCGGCCCGAUUACUGGAACCGCCUGGUGGCCGUCUUCACGACGGGCCAAACCUGGCAGUUCAAAUCUUACAAGUGGUCCUCUCCGCCCGAGCUAUUCAAACAUGCCACGGGUGUCUAUGUGGGCUGGCGCGGGGAGGACAGUCCGCGCGAGGUCCGCAACUGGGGCCGUGGGGUCCAGAGCUUCUCGGUCGAGCGGUGGGACGAGAAGGGCGGGGUGAACGGCACCGGGCGGUGGAGAGAUCGUGAGGUCGUCGAGGGCAUUUGGUCGGCAAUUGAGGAGGGCAUGCGACUGAGAGGCUGGGCUGGCAAGUAGACCUUGAAGUGGCCGGUUGUAUCUUUCUGGAUAUGAUUGGGCCGGGGGGGCGCGGUUGUUCUGUCAGGGAGCUUCGGAUUGUCUUCUCCUUAUCUUCUUCGGGGGGGGGGGGUUGCCUCGAUUUUGG